AUGCUUGCUGCUAUCCACCAAAACAUCACCCGAACCCAGUUUCAGUUCUCUCGAAGUUACUCUGCUGCUUAUGCAAUCAGUCUCCAAAACACCUCCAAAAACUGGCAACAACUCAGAGAGGAAAAACUGACCGCAAGCACAUUCGCCGCAGCUGUCGGGUUCUGGCCUCGCCAGAGAGUCCGGCUCUGGCGGGAGAAGAUCGGAGCAGUUAAGCCCUUCUCCGGGAACCUAUCUACCUCCUGGAGCAACAUCAAGGAAGAAGAAGCUCUACAUAGGUACAAGAUGAUAACCCAACACAAUGUUUCUUCUGUUGGGUUCCGAGUCCACAGCAAAGCUGAUUGGCUCGCAGCUUCAGCUGAUGGGAUGAUAGACUCGAGUGGAGUAUUGGAAAUCAAGUGCCCAUUUUUCGAUGGGGAGAAGAGCAGGGCGUGGCCAUGGCUGCGCAUACCGGCGCAGUGUGUGCCCCAGGCGCAGGGGCUGAUGGAGAUUCUAGACAAGGAGUGGAUGCAUUUCUAUGUGUGGACUUUGAAUGGGAGCAGCUUGUUCAAGUUGUAUAGGGACAGGGAGUAUUGGGGUGUUUUGGAAGAGGCUCUUUCGGAUUUUUGGUGGAAGCAUGUGGUGCCGGGGAGGGAGGUUUAUGGGAAUAGGGAGAAGACGGUGAGGAGGACGCAUUUGCUGUUGAAACCGUUCCGGCCGGCGGAGAGGCAUGAGAUGAUUGAGCGUAUAGUUUGUGAGAGUAGAAGGAUUGUUUGUAGGUCUGAGUUGUUGGUGCGUGAAGUUCAUGGCAGAAUGCAAAAUUGA